CGUAGCUGCACUGGAGCUGAGCCUUCUAUGUCUGAGAACACAGAGUGGAGCAGACGGCAGCAGCCACACGAACACACUCACUCUCUCAGUUACAUGCACAGUCACACACACAUCACUCACACCGCUGCCACCGCACACACACGCACACACACACGCACACACACGCACGCACACACGUACACACACACACUCACACACACACACACUUUGUGACGGCUGCCAGGGGCAGUGGGCAGCAAGCAGUCAGGGACAGAGCUUGCAAAAAAAGAGAGGCAUCGCAGAGGGGAAGAGAAGAAAAGAGAGUUGGAGACCUUGUGGAUCAGAGGGGAUUUUCCUCAGUGUGAGUGCAUGUCUGCAUUGGACUGCUUCCUCUUGAGUGAGAGGAGUUUUGAACCUUUUUUCUUUUGCUCAUCCUCCACGCUGGACUCCUGUGCUAUCUACCUAGCUAUUCCCGGCGCUUAACAAAAGAGGGAGCGAGUGAGAGUGAGGAGGAAAAAAAGCAGUCACAGCAAUAGCUCCAGACCCCGCGCCCCCCCCCCCCCCCCCCACCACCCCCCACCAUCUCUCCAGCUACACAUCCAAGUGCGAGUUCAUCACUGACUUCGGAGGAUAGAACACAGGACGGUGUAUGUUCCCCCGGAUACAGCCAAGCUCCUGGUGGGAUCAGGGUCUUGUCUGGUGUGAGGGCUGUCAGCGGGAGAGCACAAACCUACAGGAAAAGGGGAAGAGACAAGGAGCGACAGCAGAGAGACGCUUGGAGGACAAACUGAAGGCAAACUAAGGGGCAUCUGCAGGGCAACAGAGAGAAGACGAAAUUCGGUGUGCUUUUUAGAGCAGAGACUGUGAGGAACCGACAACCAGAUCCCAUCCACUCCUCCCUCCUCUUCCUUCUCUCUUUGCUCGCUUCCUCUUCCCCCUCCUUUACAUUCUCACUGUCUUGUUGUCCAUUCCCCCCUAUUGUUUCCUGUAUUGCCACUUCCUAUCCUCAUAUCUUCUUCCCUCACCUCAUGUUGCCCUCUAUUUAAACCCUAUUUCUGUUGUCACUCCGGAUUCUCUCAGACUGUUCACUGAUACCAACAUUAAGACUUUUUUUCUGAGCUCCUUGGCAAGUAGACAAACUGAAAUCCAAAGUCUCGUACAGGAGUGUGUUUUCUCCCUGCAUCCUCGACUCAUUGAAACGGAUCACCAAAAAGGAUCCAGGAUAGAACCUCUGCGUAAUUGUAUCCAUCCUGCGAGCUUCUAUCUCCAGCCUCCAGGACCUCCAGUUGAAUUCCAGCUACAUGGGCAAGCGUUUGGAGCAGCAGCAAAUGUACCCCCAGUACACGUACUACUACCCCCACUACUUUCAGACCAAGGGAACCAACCCAUAGGAACACACCAUGAAAUGACAUUAAUGUCACUGCGUCUGUAAAGUUAGAGCCACUAUCAUCAGGACCAAACACAAAGGAUGGAGGACAAAUGGAGGAAGAAAAUUAUAUUGCUUGUCUUAUGCUCCUCCACCUCCACCUAUGGCACCGCCCAGCCCCAGCACCACAGGAGGAGGAGGUGGAGGUCAGGGAGGAGGGAUGGUGGAGCAGCUAAGCAAGACCAACCUGUACAUCAGAGGCCUGCCACCAGCUACCACUGACCAAGAUCUCAUCAAACUCUGCCAGCCAUAUGGGAAAAUUGUUUCUACAAAGGCCAUUCUGGACAAGAACACCAAUCAGUGUAAAGGCUAUGGCUUUGUGGACUUUGACAGCCCCGCAGCUGCCCAGAAAGCCGUGGUGUCGCUCAAAGCCAGCGGAGUCCAGGCACAGAUGGCGAAGCAACAAGAACAGGACCCCACCAACCUGUACAUCUCCAACUUGCCUGUGUCCAUGGAUGAGCAGGAGCUGGAGAAUAUGCUGAAACCAUUCGGUCAUGUCAUUUCAACUCGGAUACUGAGGGAUGCCAAUGGACUAAGCAGAGGGGUCGGCUUUGCCAGGAUGGAGUCAACAGAGAAGUGUGAUGUGGUGAUUCAAAACUUCAAUGGAAAAUUCUUGAAAACUCCUCCAGGCAUGACAGCCCCUGCAGAGCCGUUGCUGUGCAAGUUUGCUGACGGAGGCCAGAAGAAGAGACAAACCCAGGUCAAAUAUCCACAGAACGGACGACCGUGGACACGGGAAGGAGAGAGUGGCAUGACCCUGACAUAUGAUCCUGCCACGAUACAAAAUGGGUUCUACUCAUCACCAUACAGCAUCUCCACCAAUCGGAUGAUUGCUCAGACGUCAAUCACGCCCUUCAUUGCUGCCUCUCCUGUUUCCACAUAUCAGGUUCAGAGUACAUCUUGGAUGCCACAUCAGCCGUAUGUUAUGCAACCAACAGGUGCUGUGAUUGCGCCGUCAGCGGCCAUAGAGCCCAGCUUGUCUCUUCACCCCUCCGGUGUCAUGGCUCCUCUCACCCAGCAGAUGAACCACCUGUCCUUGGGCACAACAGGGACUUACAUGCCUGCUGCAGCAGCUGCUCCUAUGCAAGGAACCUACAUUCCCCAGUACACUGCAGUGCCUGCUUCUGCCAUCACAGUGGAAGGCGUGGUGACAGACUCAUCUCCACAGACGGCUGCCCCCUCCUUGCAGGACAACAGUGGGCAGCAGCCUUUAUCAGUCGAGAACACAGGGGAACAUAGCACUGCCUACUCAUACCAGCAGACUAAAUAACAAGAUUGCAAAUUGCAGCAUUGCCUUGUGAAGGACUGCACUGACAGAGCGAGAACCAAACAGGGACACACUGAAGUCACAUGGACAACAUGACAGGAGUGAAUUCUUCCGCUGUGCUGAGACACGAAACUAAACUUUUUUUUUUUUUUUUUUUUAAAUAUACCUGGUUGAACCAAGAAAAUGACAUAAGAUCAUUUCUGAACUGAAGAACAAUGGGAUCAUCUUUGAUUUGAUCAUUUCUCCCAGUGAGACUGGGCUUAGCCUCCAAGGGAAUCCAACAAAAGAGACGACAAAGACUGAAAUUCCAACCAACAUGAUGGAGAGAAAAGAAAAACAUUUGAAUGUGCAGGUAGAUUUUCAGACUUUUAUAUUAAAAAUAAGAAAUCAAAGACAAACUAGACAAGAUUGUCUUCCUUUGAUAUUCAGUUACAGUGGAUAUAAAAGGUCUACGCACCCCUACUCAAAUGGCAGUUUUUUUCUGAUUAAAAAAACAUGACCAAGAUAAAUAAUUUCAAAACUCUUUUCACCAUUGAUGUGAGUUAAAUCUUCCAAUCACAGAAUGUGUCAUGGUUAGAUAGUUGUCAAUUUUUUAACUUCUUUCAAAACAUUAUUUUAUUAAUUGAGUUGUAUAGGGGCACGGUGGCCGACUGGUUAGAGCGUCAGCCUCACAGUUCUGAGGACCCGGGUUCAAUCCCCGGCCCCGCCUGUGUGGAGUUUGCAUGUUCUCCCCGUGCCUGCGUGGGUUUUCUCCGGGUACUCCGGUUUCCUCCCACAUCCCAAAAACAUGCAUGAAUUGGAGACUCUAAAUUGCCCGUAGGCAUGACUGUGAGUGCGAAUGGUUGAUUGUUCCUAUGUGCCCUGCGAUUGGCUGGCAACCAGUUCAGGGUGUACCCCGCCUCCUGCCCGAUGACAGCUGGGAUAGGCUCCAGCACGCCCGCGACCCUAGUGAGGAGAAGCGGCUCAGAAAAUGGAUGGAUGAGUUGUAUAGGUCAUAUUAAUGCGGGGAAACAAUUUUUGAAAUGGUUUAUCUUGGUCUUUUUUAUUUAUAUUACAAAAACCUGGAAUUUAAACAGUGAUGUGUGAACUUCUUAUAUCCAGUGUACAUCAUUUUCAUCCUUUUUAUUGUUUGAAUAGUUUUGUAGGAGAUUAAAGGUUUCGUAAGUCUUUCUUGCCUUAAUUUUCCUCAAAGUGUAGGAAGCAUUUCCAUUGCGUUGAACUAUUGACAAACAGAGUUGAAUUAGUGAGUUUAGAGCUUUGUGCGAAAUCACAGAAAUUAUACUGUACAGGAUUUUUUGUAUUUGAAGAUGAUUCUAAACAAUGUGGUGCAGUUUAUUUGAAAUUUGGAUGUGGGAAUGUUUAAUCCACUGCUUCUUGAUUUAAAAUGAAAUUUAUUGUUGAGCGUUUGUUUUUCUAAAAAAAAAAAAAAAAAAAAAAAAAAGCAGUUACAUAGCUUCGUCUGCUUUACAUGUCACGCUGCAAACAGAAAAGCUAAAAGGCGGAAAGCUCCUGGCUUUGUCACAAAGCAGAACUGAUUUUAAGAUGCGAAAAAGCAAUAGUUUUAGGAAAAAGCAAGUGGCAGAUUUUAUACCAAAGAUGAAGAAAAUGGCACGAGAUUUCUUCAUUAUGUUGCUUUUACUUUAUUCUUUUACCACUCAAAGUGAAACGUAUGUUGCUAGACUUGGGUAUGCCGCGGGGAAUAAUUUUGUCCAACAGUUAGUCGUAGGGCUAAGUUGCUUCGUAUCAAACUGGUUCUCCAACCAACUGGUAGAUAAACGGUUGAAUUUUCAUAGGGGAUUUUAAUCCAGUGGAAAUAUAGUGGCUGCUUUUGCAAGUGGUUGAAACAGUAUACUGUACAAGCUGCUCGAAGUUGUGUACAAUGACAUGUAAAAACUUUCAAUUCAAAACAAAACACAUGAAAUGUCUCUGACUUUGGGGCACACAUUUGCAGUCCAAUACUGUUUUGCCAACCACAAGCCAUCUUCAAUGUGAGCAAAGUUAGGAUAUGUCUAAAAGCAAAGGGCAUUUCUGCAUGGAACCAUUUAAGGUGGUGUGUAAUAUCUCUAGUUUUUUUAAAUACUUUUUUUAAUUUAAUUUUUAUUGAGAAUCAAUGUGUGAGCUGCUAAAUAUUUUUUUCAUUUUUCGUGACCAGGGUUGUCUCAUGUUGUGUGAAUAUGGAAAAAGCUCCAUGUUCAGAAUGUCCACUCAAAAAACUUCAUUCAGCCAGGACCAACCCUUGCACUCUGUUUGCUUUUGUACAUGAUUUAUGACUUGGAAUGAAAACCCCUAAAGGAAAAUUAAAAAAAAAGAAAUCGGUGAUAAUGAAAAAGGUGACUAAAAAAAACACGAUGCCACACCCUCCACCAAUGAAGACAAACCAAAAUAUGGAGGGAAAAAACAAACAUACAAAAUCAGGCAGGUAAAAACUCAAGGGAAGAUAGGAUUGUAUCUGAUUUCAUCUUAGGUUUGAAAAUGUCACUUGUAAUGGCAGAGAGAGGUAAUGUGGUUGAAAAAAAUAAAGAAAUAAAUAAAACAUCUUUAUUUACUUGGUUACAAGCCCUUCAUGAAAUUGUGAAUCUGAGAGUCUCUGUAGAGCCAGUGGAUAUUUCCGUACUUUCAAAUGUCUCAUUUUUUUUCUUUUUUCUUUUUCUUUCUAGACAACUCUUUCAAGAAAUAAAAAUAAAAGGUCUAUCUUUGGUG